AUGUGUACCCAUAAUUCCAGUACUUUAACAGUUAUUGUACAACCGAUAGACGCAAAAUCACUCCAAUUGAAAACCUCGUUGGUUUGCAUCCAAAGAAAAGGCAAACAAUAAAAAUAAAAUAAAAAAAUCCCGAAUAAAACGCCGCAAUUUUAUUAGAUUUUGGGAAACAAUUUUCUCUCUCUUCAUCUUUAAACCCACCACCGACUUCAAUUGCAGUUCAAAUUCCCCCAGAAACUUCCUCUUCCUUCAUCUUUCACUCUCUACACUUUCCUUCUUCUUCAAUUCAUUGACUCUCUUUCUCUCUCCUAUAACAACAACAACCCAUCUUCACUCUCAGAUCUACUUCAUUCAUUCAUUCAUUCUUCCAGUUUUACAGAUCUACAACAAUGGCGUUUCAAUGGCGACCCCUCUUUUUCUCUCUCCUCUUUCUCUCUCUUCACACCCACUUCGCCCUUUCCUCAGAUCCCCCUUCUCCUUCUCCUUCCCCUUCCCCUCAACUCGCUGAUUCCGACAUUCUCUCUCCUCCUUCAUCUUCCCCUUCACCCACCAUCUCUCUUCCUCCAUCUUCCAACAUUGCUUCACCUUCACCAUCUCCUACAAACGACGUCGUUUCCGACAACACUUCGUCUUCACCAUCCCCCUCGCCGGAAACCUCAUCGGAUUCUCCCUCCUCGCCGGGAACAUCCCCAUCCACGUCACCAUCUCCGUCAACCGGUGCCGCUGAUGACGUUGCGAAAGUACAGAGUGAAGAAGCGAAGGAAUCCUCUUCCGGCGGAAUGAACGGCGGUCAUAAAGCCGGAUUAGUCGUCGGAGUAAUGGUUGGAGUGGCGGCGGUUGGUUGCGCCGGGUGGAUUUACAAGAAGCGUCAAGAUAAUAUUCGAAGAACUCAAUAUGGGUACAAUGCAAGAACUACCAUGAUCUAAGAAUUAGUAUGAAUAUUAUUCUUUGGAUUUGAUAUUUGAAAUUCAAUUGUUUUUUUUAAUAUUGUUGAUUAAUAUACAGUAGUAGGAGAUUUUUGUUGUUCUUUAAUAGUAUAAUUAGAAGAAACAUUUAUUGGAUUUAUUAAAUAAAUUGUUUGUUUCUAUGAUUGGAUUUGGAUGAAUUAUUAUUAUUGAACAGGGAGUCAAAUAUUAUUCGAUUUUGUUCAGAUUAUAGUCAAUGUAUGUAUUACUGAGUAUUUGUUUUUUGUUUUUCAGAAUUAUUGAAUUAAUAAUAUACAAGUGAUAUUUUAAA